UGAGGACGAUUAUAAAAAUCCGUUAAUUUCUUCUGCACUUUUACGAGAUCGCACUCUAGUCCUUACAUGGGAUAUUGAGACAUAUAGUUCACGAAAAACAGGCGAGGUGCCUAACGCAAAAUAUGAUGAAGACAAGGUGUUUAUGAUUUGUAUGACAGUGCAUUGGAAAGAUGAUCCCGAACCGUUAAAACAAAUCUGUCUUGUCGAUGUUGAAACUGCAUCAGAGCCAGGCUGGAUCACAAUUAUAUGUGGAUCCCAGACAGAUUUACUAAAAGCAUUCGCUUUAUGUUGGAAACUUCUGGCCCCGGACAUACACAUAGGCUUUAACGAUUCUCAAUACGAUUGGUGA